CCAAAUCCACAUGUUUGUCACUAAAAUUCUGGUCUGAUCGCGACAAGAUAACGAACCUCAUGGCCGAGAAAGCUAUUCUCAGACCUCAAUUCCUCGUUGACGCGCACAAAUUCAAACACACAAGAAAUUGAAUUCCUUAAGAAAAAAUCCAAUUCCUUAAAGAAAUCGAAUUCCAGAGCUUCCUCCGAAGCAAACAUGUCGCAAUUCUGGCGCGAAAUCAAUCGUGUCGGCGAAUUAGGGUUUGUGUAAACUAUCCGAUGAGGAAUUUUCGGUGAAUACUAAGUGGCAAUUUUUCUUCUUUAAAAUUACACAGCAUAGUAUCUCACAUCCAAACAAGAAAUGGCAACACCGGUUGAGCCACCGAAUGGGGUUAGAUCUCAAGGAAAACACUACUAUUCGAUGUGGCAAACGUUGUUUGAGAUUGAUACGAAGUACGUGCCCAUAAAGCCGAUUGGUCGUGGGGCUUAUGGGAUUGUGUGUUCUUCGGUGAACAGAGAGACCAAUGAGAAAGUAGCGAUCAAGAAAAUAAACAAUGUGUUCGAGAAUCGCGUGGAUGCACUGAGAACUCUGCGUGAGCUGAAGCUUCUUCGGCAUCUUCGACACGAGAAUGUCAUUGCUUUGAAAGAUGUCAUGAUGCCUGUGCAUAGGAGAAGCUUCAAGGAUGUGUAUUUGGUGUCUGAGCUCAUGGACACGGAUCUGCAUCAGAUUAUCAAGUCGUCACAGUCACUCAGCAAUGAUCACUGCCAGUAUUUCCUCUUUCAGUUGCUUCGUGGAUUGAAAUAUCUCCACUCUGCAAACAUCCUUCACCGUGACUUGAAGCCUGGGAAUCUUCUCAUCAAUGCAAACUGUGACCUAAAAAUAUGUGAUUUUGGGCUAGCACGUACUAGCAAUGUGAAGGGCCAGUUCAUGACCGAGUAUGUUGUAACUCGCUGGUACCGAGCCCCAGAGCUGCUCCUCUGCUGUGACAACUAUGGGACAUCCAUUGAUGUGUGGUCUGUCGGCUGCAUUUUUGCUGAGCUUCUUGGCCGAAAAUCAAUCUUUCCUGGCACAGAAUGUCUCAAUCAACUUAAACUGAUCAUCAACAUCCUUGGUAGCCAGAGAGAUGAGGAUCUUGAAUUUAUAGACAAUCCAAAAGCAAAGAGAUACAUUAAGGUACUUCCAUACUCUCCUGGGACCCCCUUUUCCCGUCUUUAUCCCAAUGCCCAUCCCCUGGCUAUUGAUCUUCUGCAAAAAAUGCUUGUAUUUGAUCCAUCAAAGAGGAUAAGUGUUACAGAAGCUCUGCAACACCCUUACAUGUCCCCACUGUAUGAUCCCAGCUCCAAUCCUCCCGCCCAGGUCCCCAUUGAUCUUGACAUAGAUGAAGAUUUAGGGGAAAAUAUGAUAAGGGAGAUGAUGUGGAAGGAAAUACUCCAUUACCAUCCUGAAGCGGCUACAGCUAAUGCAGAGGUCAGUUCCUAGUCUUUUCUUGCUUGGUGUUGCUGGGAGGCCUGGGAAAGUUGUCUUGCUUUGGAUGAUGAAGCCUUUUUUGUUUUGGUACUAGUCAAUUUUAUUUAUGUUUUGUUUUAGUUUUGGUCAAAUAAUAAUCUUGGGAAUCAUGCGUAAUGCUAUGCUGUUAUGGCAUUAUAUGACUAAAUUUUGUUCUUGAGCUUGUCAAUGAGCUUAAAGCUCUGUUGUCUGUAUAAUAGGUGGCCUCUCUUUGUUGUAUAUAGGUGUGUUCUUGUAACAUUAUGGUCACAAAGCUGGUCUGCAUAAACUUUUACCCUGUGUAAUGUUAAAAACAUUUCUAUGCUAUAUGAUUGUACAAAUUCAUGUAA